UUAACCCAACUCAGCCAUUCAUUGAAAAUUUUCAGUCAAAGUUAAAACGCGUUUUCAAAACAUCGUCUUCUUCCCAUUCCCUCCCCUCCAUAGCUGAUAUCAAUUUUCUCAGCGACCAACAAUGGCGUCGAUCUACAGUUGCACAGAAUGCGGAGCCAAUUUCAACCUACACACCAACCACCUCUUCCCUCCCGACUUCUACUUCGAAGCCGGCAACAAAGGCACCGUCUCCUUCGCCCUCAUCGACGCCACCAAAUUCAAGUUAGAGAAAGAGGACAAGAUCAGACCUUUCUUCGAGACCCUCAAUUACUGGGGUAUUCAGAGGAAGAGGACCAAGAUCAAGUGCCACAGCUGUUCCUCUCUCGUCGGUUACAUCUACGACGAUGGUCCUCCUCUCACCGACAGUCCUGGCCAGUUUCACAUGGGUCCUAGUCAGGUCAUCCCUAGGAGCCCCAGGUAUCGAUUCAAGACUAAGGCUCUUCGGGUUACUUCUGAAACUUGAAGAAUUUUGAUAUAUACAUAUACUUGGGUUUUUUGUUUGGGAGGGUUUGGGUUUUUUUUUGGAUUUCAUAUUUGUAUACUUGGUGUGUUUGAUUUGGGUUUGUAAUGGAUACAAUUUACAAACGGUUCAUAUGCUUGCAAGAAUUACUGUAACUUUUGUAUGAUUCAUGUAAAUGUUUAUCAUGAAAGGACAGAAAUCUCAGGACAUAAUUGAAUUCCA